AAGAUCUAUCGUUUUGCGUCUCACAACUUGCUCUCCAAAAAGUCAAACAAACAAUCUCCCCAUACUUCACGAACUUCUAUUAAAAACCCGCAAGAAAGAUAUCUCAUAUUUGAUUAUUCUCCAACGAGAUUCAUCUUUGAUUCCAUUCGCAUCUUCACUUGCUUCCUCGAACAAUCAAAAUCCAAUUCAUAAAAUCUUUCAUACUAAUCCCAUUUAAUCGACUUCUCAAUCAUGACCAUGGUGAUAACUUAAUACGCCAUAAGAUCAAGCUUUCGAUCGUCAAACUUCAUGGGUGUGGAGGGAAACAAACAGACGAUCUUGAGCAAUGAUCAGAAGAACACCACAGAUAAGAAAUCAAACCCUAAACUAACUUUACUACCUCUAAUCGCCCUAAUUUUCUACGAAGUUUCCGGGGGUCCAUUUGGUGUAGAAGAUUCAGUCAAAUCUGGAGGCGGAGCUCUACUUUCAUUACUAGGGUUCUUAAUUUUCCCAAUUUUCUGGAGCAUUCCAGAAGCAUUAAUCACAGCCGAACUCGCCACAAGCUUCCCGGAAAACGGCGGAUAUGUCAUCUGGAUAUCAUCGGCGUUCGGCCCUUUUUGGGGUUUCCAAGAAGGGUUUUGGAAAUGGUUUAGUGGAGUUAUGGAUAACGCACUUUACCCUGUAUUAUUUCUCGAUUACUUAAAGCAAUCACUCCCGAUCUUCGAUCAAUUAUACGCUAGAAUUCCAACCCUUUUAGCAAUUACUAUCUUAUUAACUUAUCUGAACUACAGAGGCCUUCAUAUCGUCGGAUUUUCUGCUGUUCUUCUUGCUUCUUUCUCUCUCCUUCCAUUUGCAGUCAUGGGUAUUCUUUCAAUCCCCAAAAUCAGGCCUAAAAGAUGGAUAACUUUGGAUUUCAAGAAAGUUCAAUGGAGGGGUUACUUCAAUAGCAUGUUUUGGAACUUGAAUUAUUGGGAUAAAGCAAGUACAUUAGCUGGUGAAGUUGAAAAUCCUAGUAGGACGUUUCCGAAAGCUCUUUAUGGUGCUGUUAUUGUGGUGGUUUGUUCUUAUCUGAUUCCACUUUUGGCGGGAACUGGGUCAUUGGAAUCGGAUUCCAGUGAAUGGAGUGAUGGGUAUUUUGCUGAAGUCGGGUUUUUGAUCGGAGGUUCUUGGCUAAAAUGGUGGAUUCAAGCUGCUGCUGCUAUGUCGAAUUUGGGGUUGUUUGAAGCUGAAAUGAGUAGUGAUGCUUUUCAACUUCUUGGCAUGAGUGAAAUCGGAAUGCUUCCUUCUAUAUUUGCUUCCAGGUCAAAAUAUGGGACACCAACAAUCAGCAUAUUAUGCUCAGCAACGGGUGUCAUCUUUCUAUCAUGGAUGAGUUUUCAAGAAAUCUUGGAAUUUCUCAACUUUUUAUACGCAAUUGGAAUGUUAUUCGAAUUCGCAGCUUUUAUAAAACUAAGAUUAAAGAAACCGGAUCUUCAUAGACCUUAUAAAGUUCCUUUAAAAACAUUUGGUGCAACAAUGUUGUGUGUACCUCCAGCUACUUUACUUGUACUCGUGAUGUGUUUGGCUUCCUUAAGAACGUUCUUGGUGACCGGUGGUGUUGUUGCUCUAGGGUUUUGCUUGUACCCUUUUAUCAUUCAUGCGAAAAAUAAAAAUUGGGCCCACUUUGUUUCCAUUGAUGAUGUAAAAUUAAAUGAUUGUGAUGUGGAAGAUGAUGAAAAUGUAAUGCGCCACGUGGCGGAUGAAGCCGGGGUCCGUUUACUAUCGGAUUCUUCGUCAUCUUCUAGUAUGGAAAAAGUAUCUGAAAUAUUACCAGAAGGAGGUGAAAAUCUGUAAAUGCGGUUAAGUUCGAAUGAGGUGAUACAUUUAUUCAGUAUUGACUGUGGGACAUGUUAGUAGGGACACCUUGGGGUGCGUGUACCCUUAUUCUUGUUGUAUUUAAAGAAUGAUUGUGAUAUGUUGUAAAACAAUUCUUUGAACCUAUUUUUGUUGUACUUAAAAGAAAAGAUUAUGAUAUGUUAUAAAACUUAUUUUUUUACAUGAUAUAACAAUUAUUUAAAUGAA